GCUUGGGAUACCAUGGGAGGGUUCCGUGUGGAUGAUGGUUAUGCUUGCUCCCUUAUCCUGGCUUUGGUAUCAUUAAUUAUUUUUAAUUCAAUUGUUUUUAUUUAUUUAAUCCUUAAUUAUUAUUGUUUUAUUUUUUUUUUUAUUUUUAUUUUCCAUAGAUCUAUAUAAUCAUGCAAUACCUCACGUCUCCGUUCACGUCUUGAGUCAUCAUCAUUUCUUAGAUCCUUCGAUUAUAAUUCUAUCUUUCCCAUCUAUAACUCCAACCCAACCCCAGGCGUUCGUGACUUUAAGAUCUCUUCCACUUCUUAGUUCAAUCCUUCAAAAGGAAACCAAACCCCCCAUUUACAUCAUCCAUCUCUCCCUUCCCCCCCCCUACUCCAAGCAUUCCAAAAUGGAAGGACUAUUCUUCGACUCCAGUCGACCCAUAAAACAUGUCGACAGAAAGGCAAUCUACACCCGGCUCGAAGCUCGCAUCAACUAUCUCCAAGACUUCCUGGACUUCAAUUCCGCUGACGUCGAAGCCCUGACAACCGGCUCCAAGUACAUCAAAGCCCUCAUCCCCGCUGUCGUCAACAUCGUCUACAAGAAACUCCUGGAACAGGAUAUCACGGCCCGGGCCUUCCACACACGGAAUACUGCCGACGAGAGACCGAUCGAGGAGUUCUACAAUGAAGAAAGCCCCCAGAUCCUGCGCCGGAAGAUGUUCCUCCGGUGGUACCUGACCAAGCUCUGCUCGGAUCCCACACAGACGGAGUUCUGGCGGUAUCUGAAUAAAGUCGGUAUGAUGCACACCGCACAGGAACGCAUGCACCCCCUCAACAUCGAAUACAUCCACAUGGGCGCCUGCCUGGGCUUCAUCCAAGACAUCUUCACCGAAGCGCUGAUGUCACACCCGCGCCUGCAGCUGCAGCGCAAGGUGGCCCUCGUCCGCGCCAUCGGCAAAAUCAUCUGGAUCCAGAACGACCUCAUCGCCAAGUGGCGGAUCCGCGACGGCGAAGAAUACGCUGAAGAGAUGUCGCAAAUGACACUAGACGAGCGGGAGGGAUUCCUUGGCGACAAGAAGAUCUUGGGUGACAGCAGCAGCACGUCCGCCAGCUCGAGCGACGACGAUCGCUCCAGUGUGCACAGCAACCCCAGUAUAGCACCCAGCAUUGCGCCUUCCACUAUCUCGGCGUGUCCCUUCGCGGAUAUGGUCAUGAGCAAUUCGGCGGCGUCAACGUCGGAGACUAAGAUCUGGGCGGGGAAGUAAUUGAUCGAUAAUUGGUUAUCGGUCGAGAAAGCUUCUUUGGGAAGCAAGUAAUGAUGCGCCACGGCAAGGGAAGCAUUCAAGGAUCAAAAGGCAUGGCUGGCGUAAGGGACUAGAUGAUUUCCUCCUUUUCCUAUUCUUUGUUCCUCUUUUCUUUAUUUCUUUUCGAGGUUGUUGACGGGGCUUUUGCUCGUCUAGAAGCAUGCAUGGCGGGUGUUUAUUUGGGCUUUCUGAUCAAUUGCAAUAUACUAUAAUCAACGAUAUCCACUUACUGGUCUAUGGCAUCUCCACUCUAUCUAUACUUAGAGCAUAGAAGCAAACAACAGACAGAUUUCGGCUUUUUCAUUUGAGUUUUUGGUGGUUGUGUGAUGUGGAUCCUUCGUCGCCCCCAACUUUCUUUGCCCUGCAUAGGUGCAGGAAUCGAUAUCGCAACCGCCAAAGCCAUGGGAAGACGGUGUCAAACUUUAUUCUGAACCCCGAAUCGUCAGGAGAGGAAGGAUUUCCAAGGGUUCGGGAAGGUAUAUCGCGUCCAACAAAGUUUCGAAGAACUUUGAGUACGUAAACAUAGAGAAGAAGAAUUGAUGCACGGUGGAUCCACGGUUAUCCACAGUCAACUGCAGCAAGGCAGGCUGUCAGAAUUCAGCCAUUUUUAGAUUAAGUUUUCAUUGCUAUCAAUUAUUGAGCCAAGACCAAGGCAGCUGGAGACGGCCGAAGGA